UGCGGUUCAAAACGAUUCCCCGAUUGGUUUACACUUGUCGACGACCUUCGCUUGCAGCAUUUUGUUGGCUAUCGAAUCUAAGGAGUUGUUAUAGUCUUUGGUCUUUGCAUGCAUAGGAUGUCACUUGACAACGUGAUGAUACUUGAAGUAUUCUGCGAUUCAUUUUCCAUUUCUUGGCAUAGGAAGUAAAUGUUCUGUGUAUUUUUUCGUGUCUAUUAUGAUGUAAUGUUAUCAGAUUCUCACACACACACACACACACACACUCUCUCUCUCUUCCCGAUAACAAACUUGUUUUGUCUCUUCCAUCGGGGAAAAAGUAACACGUGGGCUACAUUUGGAAAACAUUCAACGAUAUUCAAAACUCUCUUAGAGCCAAUGAAAAAUAUGUUGUGGUUGCUCGUCUAUUUGUUCCUUUGUACAGAAGUUGUUAUAGUAGCUUUACUUGUGUUGCCUUUGCCAAAGAGAGUGCGUCGUCUAGUACUUCGAGUGUUGGCAACAGGUUCUCAGUUUUUGCACUUGAGGAAGUUUAUCAACUACAUUAGCUUGAGUUUGUUUUUUGGAAUCGUAGAAAGUUUAACCGACGCUUAUCGAGUACAACUGAAGCUCUCAGAACAAACUACAUCGAAUGGAAUGUUCUCAAACGCAGUUUCUUUUGAAGUACGUACUUUAAAACAAAGACAGUUUCGUUCUCAGAGAAACUUUUACUUGGCAAGUUUUAGUCUUACCCUUCUUUUCGUGAUUGGCAAACUCUUUGAAUUAACGUCCAGAAUCAACGUUCUUGAAUCGCAGUUGGAAGCCAAGUUGACCAGUGGACGCAGUUCGGAACCGCAAGUGGACGAUGGACCAACAACCGGUAACAACAAAGACAAGCAGUCAAAGAACGUGGUAGAUAAGGCAACAAGUAAAGAGUUGAAAAGUUUGAAGCCAGCGAGUGAAUCGAAGAAGAUUGUAUAAGGAAGAAUAUAUAUGUUUUUAGAGGAGACUGGCUUUUGUUUCUCCAUAGUUUGCAGUGAUCAGUGAAUCAAUACUUUGCAAGUUAUCGUAUACAAUAUGUCUUGUUUUCAGUGUAUUGUCUUUCUCAUGUUAUCAAAUGGCGAUGGAGAGAUGUGUAUAUAAAAAAAGAAUAAAUCUAGUCUCCAACAA